AUGAGAGUAGCGCUUGGGGGAUGCCGAGCCACGGGUCAAAGCCUAGGGAGUUCACUGCCUCCCUCUUUCAACUUUAUUACAUUUCCAAGAAUAGAAGGCGCUCAAAAGUCUCGAGGAGUCUUUAUCAAACGGGACAUUUAUUCAUUCCUCGUAGGAGGAAAAGGCACCCAAUUCAGAGUGAUCGUUCCCUCUGCUUCUACUCAAAGCAAUUCUCCUUCUCAUAUUUCUCCCUUAUCCGACCAUGCAGACACGAAGAUGAGCACAGCUGGGCAUAUACCUGGAUAUGGCAGGCAGAAUGGAGUGGCCUGGCUGAGGAUGACUGGCCGGCGGGCAUGGACCAUUCUUCAACACUUUUUUCCUUCCCCUAUGACUGGUCGGUUUCCUUCCCGGGAGCUGGGAGUGCCUGUGCCGUUACCGCUCUUGCAUAGGAAGCGGUUCUUACCAUAG